AUGAGUGACCAGUUUGAUUGUGCUUUAGAUUUGAUGCGUCGUUUGCCACCUCAAAAUGUAGAGGAAAACUUGGCUAAACUAUUUGAGUUGGUACACCCAGACUUGGCAGAUGAACUCUUGUCUGCUAUUGACCAACCUCUUAAAGUAAAGCGUUGCUCAAAGACAGGUCGGGACUAUCUUGUAUGUGACUAUAAUCGAGACGGCGACUCUUAUAGAUCCCCUUGGAGUAACGAAUAUGAGCCUGAGUUACCUGAUGGUGCUAUUCCUUCCCCUACGCUUCGUAAACUUGAAAUAGCAGCCAAUGAAGCAUUUGAUACCUAUCGCGAAAUGUAUUAUGAAGGCGGUGUUUCAUCUGUUUAUGCAUUUGAAAUUGAUGAUAAAUUUGCUGUGGUUGUGUUAAUUAAAAAAGUGAGCGAUGGUGCUAGACGUAUGAAGGGAGCAUGGGAUUCUAUCCAUGUCUUCGAAGUGCAAGAGCGUGGUCGUAAUGCACAAUAUAAGCUUACUUCUACUGUCAUGCUCUACAUGAUUACAAAUAACCAAGGCCUUGGUAACUUGAAUUUGAGUGGUAGUAUGACAAGACAGAUUGAACAAGAUUUCCCUGUGGAUGACCCUGCUGCUCAUAUCACCAACAUUGGUCGUAUGGUUGAAGACAUGGAACUAAAGAUGCGUAAUUCAUUACAAGAAGUCUACUUUGGUAAAACAAAGGAUAUUGUCAAUGAUCUUCGAAGCCUUGGUUCAUUGGAAGAAACCAAGAAACAAGCAAAGAUUCAACAGGAACUUGUGGAUCGUUUAAUGGACAGACCGAGAAAUGGCAUUUAA